UGAUGUACACUGGUAAUGUGCAGUUUGAACGCAUGGCAAGAUCCCAGGUAUAAAUUUAAAACUACACAAACAAUUCAACCCCCAGCGUCGAGUUUAUUUACCCUCAGGAUACCUUUUACAGACGUGUAAUGGAAAUCCUAUUAUAUACACAGAUGUGAGAUUCCCUUUUUAAUGUGUAUAUAUACAACUAUACACAGUUUAAAAGUCUUACACAUGCGUAAACAGAUGACCAAGAGAAGUUACCUUAAUUCAUAUUAAUUAUCGACUACUAAUAUAAUGAUUUUUAUUUCCUCGUAUUGAAAGUGAUAAGUGAGAGGAAAUGGUGGACAACAUUAACGUAUAGAACGUAUAUAUUGAUUCGAUGGAACGCUUCAAGAUGUUGUGUGGAUCCAUUUAUACACAGUGCUUGGUAGGAUUCUGCCUGUUGGUCAUAUUGCCGUAUUUUCAUAUAGGAAUUCUUUAUUCAAAAAUAUGGGUUCCAGACAAAAAACCUGUGUCACAUAAUGAAUGUACUUGUAGUUGUUGGGACACUAUUUUCAAAGGUUCAUAUGAAAGCCAAACACGAGUUGGAUAUAAACACAUGUAUUUCAAUGCUACGAAACAAACCUUUGUUAUAUGGACAAUAACAAUGGCUGCAGUUUUGGUAUUUUAUGAGUUAGUAAAACACUUAUUGCGGUUAUAUGUGGAAGGAAAUCUCAGAUAUACAAUGUUAUUUCUAUUGGUGUUGGAUAUUCAUCCCCAUUAUUAUUCUUGGUGGGGAUAUUUGAACUAUUUCAAUGAUGAUUUUUAUACACAAUUCGUUCAUCAGUUGUUCUUCACGGUGACAGAACUGAUAUCGUCGGUGAUAGUUGUGCGCAUGUGCUCCAAGGAAAAUUGCAUAACUUCUCGCCAACUAAUUGGAGUAUUGUCUAUCAACAUAGUGCAUAUACUUAUAGGUGGUUUAGAUCAGUUCUUUAAACAGUUGUUGUUUAUGGAUGGUAAAACAUUUCAAAGAAUGAGGAAUCUUGGAUUUAUAAUACCAGACCUCUUUCAUAUAGUAAUACCUAUUGUAGCCUAUAAAACGUCGCGAGGUCUUGCAUGUAGCAAAUUAUUAACGAAGAAGGAAUUUAUCUGUUUAAUAUGCCUUACAAUUGGUUUAUUUUUGCUGGGCAAAUCUAUAUUGAAAUGAUGGUCCAGAACUAGCCUCUAAGGACAUGAUAUUUUUACAGAUAUGAAAAAUGUUCAUGAGUAUUUUUAAAAGGAUGAAUUAUUGAUAUUUAUAAAAGAAUAAUAUGACAACCGUGGUAUAAAAUAAAGGAAAACAGUAUUAAAAAAAAUGUAAAAUCGUUAUGAAAGUAAUGCAAGAGUAUUGUGUUUUUUACGGACAUUUUUCUUAAUUUCCAUCACAGGUAUAAAAUUAUGAGAUGUGGUAUGAUUGUGAAUAUGGUAACUAUUCACCAGAGACUAAAGGACAAUGAAUAGUAAACAACUAUAGGUCAACGUAUAGUCUUCAACAAUGAGCCAAACUAAUACCUUAUACUUGUAGUAAGCUAUAAAGGGUCCUGGGAUAACAAAAUGUGAAAAAAUUCAAAGAGAAAACCAAAGGCCUGCUUUAAACUAAUAACAUUCAACUAAAAAACAACUGUUGAAGAGAGCAACCAACGACAACUUCUCGACUACAGGUUCCUGAGAGUUCAUCUCACAUCGUCAUUUCCUGUGACAGUGGUUAAACGGUACAACAUAAAAACAAACUAUAAAGCGGUUCACAAGGGCUUGACGCGUUGCUUCUCAUGCAAAAUAUCGAACAUUUGUGCACGUAUACGGACUGUACUAUUAUCGUCGCUUCUCAUGCAAAAUAUCGAACAUUUGUGCAUGUAUACGGACUGUACUAUUAUCGUCGCUUCUCGUGCAACAUAUCGAAAAUUUGUGUAUGUAUACAGACUGUACUAUUAUCGUCGCUUCUCGUGCAACAUAUCGAAAAUUUGUGUAUGUAUACGGACUGUACUUUUAUCGUCGCUUACCGUGCAACAUAUCGAAAAUUUGUGCAUGUAUACGGACUGUACUUUUAUCGUCGCUUCUCGUGCAACAUAUCGAACAUUUGUGCAUGUAUACGGACUGUACUUUUAUCGUCGCUUCUCGUGCAACAUAUUGAAAUUUUGUGUAUGUAUACAGACUGUACUAUUAUCGUUGCUUCUCGUGCAACAUAUCGAACAUUUGUGUUUGUAUACGGACUGCAAUAUUAUCGACGCUUCUUGUGCAACAUAUCGAACAUUUGUGUAUGUAUACGGACUAUACUAUUAACGUCUCUUUUUGUGCAACAUAUCGAAAAUUUGUGUAUGUAUACGGACUGUAUCAAGAAAGCUCAAAACCAUAAGAAAAAAAAUAUUAUAUUCUACAUUACAUACACCGUUAAAAAAAGAUCGUUCGCAAAUAUGCAGAUUUGCAAACGAUGUUUUUAACAGUGUAUGUAAUGAGGAAAAGUUUUUGUUUAUGUUUCAUGACGACAGAGUUUGCUAUUUCACAGCCAAAAUCUGCCAUGAAGUACUUUUUAAGAGAAAGUGUAUUUUAUACUCGUAAUAACUGUAUAUUAUGUUUUGUCUUUUUUUAUCUUCUGAUUAAGAUUACAAAAUAAUUGCUUUUAAUAUAAUGGUGUUUUGUGUUAAUAGUUAUCAAAGGUACCAGGCUUAUAAUUUGAUUCGCCAGACGCGCGUUUCGUCUACAUAAGACUCAUCAGUGACGCUCAGAUCAAAAUAGUUAGAAAGCCAAACAAAUACAAAGUUGAAGAGCAUUGAGGAUUCAAAAUUCCAAAAAAGUUGUGCCAAAUACGGCUAAGAUAAUCUAUGCCUGGGAUAAAAAAAUCCUUAGUAUUUUGUGAAUAAUUCAUACUUUUGCAAACAGUAAAUUUGUAAAAAUGACCAUAUAAUUGAUAUUCAUAUAUAUACACCGAAGUGCUGACUACUGGGUUGGUGAUACCCUCGCUAAGAUAUAUUGAUAUAUGUUAUAUAUGAAAUAUAAAUGUAUUUUUAAUAUGUGUUUUACAGUCUCUCAUAACUCUUUUAUAAAUUGAUCUGUUGUUAUUAUAUUGUAUUUUAUAUUAAAUGUUUUAAAGAGGUGAGACUCUAAUAAAGUAUUUGUUGUUGU